AUGGCCGACUCGAUCAAGGACGAAAUCGCAACUAUCGAGAAGAAGAUUGAAGAGCUUCAGGCACAACUAGUUAAUGCUAAGGCGAGAUUACAAAAGAGCCAGAAUGAAUCAGCGGCAAGCGACGAAUCGGCGAAGAUGUCGCCCGAAGAGAAGUUGGACCUCAUCAAGGUCAACUUGAAGGAGGUGCUGAACCCAGAGAUCAUGGAGGCAGCGCUCAAGGAGGGCAGACCACUCAAGGUCUACUGGGGAACUGCUACAACAGGCAGGCCGCACUGCGGAUACUUCGUACCUAUCCUCAAGCUGGCUCAGUUCCUCGCCGCAGGGUGUCACGUCAAGAUUCUCCUCGCCGAUAUCCACGGCUUCCUCGACAAUUUGAAGGCACCUAUCGAGCUCGUCAAAUUCCGUGCCGAAUACUACCGCUUCACUAUCACCGCACUCCUUAAAGCCGUCAACGUCCCCAUCGACCGCCUCGAGUUCGUCCUGGGCUCGUCCUACGAGCUGAAGCCAGACUACAUGAUGGAUGUGCUCCGUCUGGCCUCCAUCACCUCUGAGCACGAUGCAAAGCGCGCUGGCGCCGAAGUCGUCAAACAAACCGACAACGCACCUCUAUCCGGCCUGCUCUACCCGCUCAUGCAAGCCCUCGAUGAGCAGUACCUGGACGUCGACAUGCAAUUCGGUGGUGUAGACCAGCGCAAGAUCUUCGCCCUCGCCAAAGACAUCCUCCCCAAGAUCGGUUACAAAGAGCGCGCCCACUGCAUGAACCCCAUGGUUCCUGGUCUACAAGGCGGCAAGAUGAGCGCCUCGGACCCCGACUCCAAGAUCGACGUUCUCGACAAUGAAGACAUUGUUAAGCGCAAACUCAAGAAAGCGCACGCCGCUCCCAAGGUUGUCGAGGACAACGGUAUUCUCUCCUUCGUCGAGUACGUCCUUCUUCCUGCAUCUUACCUCCGUCACGGCACACCGAAGUUCGUUGUCCCCCGCCGCGACGCCGAGCCCCUCGAGUACACCACCAUCGCCCAAAUGCACGAAGACUACAAGGCGGACAUCCUGUCCCCACAAACCCUCAAGCCGGCUGUCGUCGACGCACUCAAUGCCCUCCUCAAGCCUGUACAGGAAGAGUUCCAGAGCAGCGCCGAGUGGAAGGAGAUUGAGCAGAAGGCUUACCCGCCGCCACCGGCAGAGAAGAAGAAGGAGAAAAAGGUCAAGAAUAAGGGCACCUUCCAUCCUGGCGCGAAGAAGGUCGAGGCCAAGCCAGAUGGGCACGUCGAGGGCGCAGAUAAGGCCAAGGUCGACGUUGGCACCGAGGGCGUGAGGGAGGCGAUUGAGAACUUGACCCUCGAGGAGAAGAAGUAA